AUGGCUGACCCAAGCCACAUCCAGUCAGCCGCCUCCAAGAGCAUCCGUCCCUUCCGCUCCAGCGAGGAGUACCUGGAGGCCAUGAAGGAGGACCUGGCCGAGUGGUUCAACACCCUCUACGACCUGGACAUCCAGGUGGACACCUUCCUGGAGAGCCUGGAGACGGGCUGCCACCUCUGCCGACACGCCAACAACGUCAACCGUAUCGCCAUGGACUUCCAGCAGCAGCACCCCGAGGUGGCCGCCCGUAUGCGCGUCCCCCAGAAUGAGGUCGUCUUCCAAGCCAAGAACGUGGUGCCUGGUUCCUUCAUCGCCCGGGAUAACGUCUCCAACUUCAUCCAGUGGUGCCGGCAGGACCUCGGCAUCCAGGACGUCCUCAUGUUCGAGACCAAUGACUUGGUGCUGAAGAAGAAUGAGAAGAACUUUGUCCUCUGCUUGUUGGAGGUGGCCAGGAGGGGCUCCAAGUUUGGCAUGCUGGCCCCCAUGCUGAUCCAGAUGGAGGAGGAGAUCGAGGAGGAGAUGAGGGACCAAAUGGCCUACGGCGUGCUGGGCACGCGCCAGGAGAGCCGGGACCCCCAGGUGCCUGCUUACCCCGGCAGGGCCCGGCCCAUUGCCCUCUGCGACCUGAAGAACCUGGAUGAGCUG